GUGAAGCGCGUGAGCGUGGGCGGGCGACUGGUGCCGUUCUUCAAGUGUGUCUGCGUGUACUUCGUGGCGCUGGGCGCAGGGGGCGCGGGGGGCGCGGGCGAGGGGGGCGCGCCCUCCCCCGGCGCUGUGGCCGCCAAGUGCGCGCCCGUGCUGUGCCUGCUGCUGGCCGUGCUGUUGCCGCAGUCCGCGCCGCACAAGAGCGUGUACGCGCACCGCGUCGCGGCGGGGCUGGCGCUGUCGGCGCUGGGCGACGCGCUGCUGCUGUGGCCGCAGCACUUCGUGGCGGGCAUGGCGGCCUUCGCGGGAGCGCACGGCGCCUACAUCGCGGCGUUCGGCUGGGCGCGGCGCGCGGCGGGCGCGGGGCUGGCGCUGCUGCUGGCGGCGCUGCUGUUCGCGCGCGCGCUGCGGCCGCCGCCCGCGCUGGCCGCGCUGGUGCCGCUGUACGCGCUGCUGCUGGCCGCCAUGGCGUGGCGCGGCGCGGCGCGCGGCGGGGCGGCGGCGGCGGGCGCGCUGCUGUUCCUGCUCUCCGACGCCAUCUUGGGCUACGGGCUGUUCGGCGCGGGCGGCGCGCUGCCGGGCCAGCAGGUGCUCGUCAUGUCCACCUACUACCUCGGCCAGCUGUUCAUCGCGCUGAGCGCGCUCAGGCCGCCGCCCGCGCCCGCCGCGCCCCUCGCCAAGGCGGCCUAGUGCGCGCCGCCUGACUAUGAUUAGGAUACCUGUUCCGAGACUGAGUCUCUCCUUCUUCCGUAUACAUAUAGUUAGUGUAGAUACUUGUGUGCUGGUCAUACUCAUGUGAUCUGUUAUAUUUUAUAAGAGCGUUUACACUGAGCGCGGGUCUGCCGCCGCAGCACAUGUUAAACAUGGUGGGCACAACCAGACUGUGAUAUGUUAAGGAUGUCUUCAAGGUUUUAGAAAUCAAGUAGUUCGUUUAGGUCUAGUUAUUAUUAUUACAUGUUAAUGACAACGGCUCAGGUAGUGCGCGCCCCGAGCCACUCUCAAGUCAUACGCACCACCUAAUAAGUACCGUAAGUAGCUCCCACAAUCCACGUUACAUUCGUUUAAUAGAUACCUUAAAAAUACGAGGUAUCGUCAAGCAUUACAUUAUAAUCAUCAGAUAAAUACCACCGUACGAAGUCUCUGCUACAGUAGCGGAGACGCGCCGUGCUGUGGACCGGUGCACACAUUCGUACUAAUUACCCUGCGUAUUUUAUAGUCUCUCUAGUCGUGUCGGGUCAUCAUCAUCAUCAGCCCCUAUUCAUCCACUGUUGGACAUAGACCUCCCCAAUUCCACGCCAUCGAGAUCUAUCUUGGGCCGCCCGCAUCCAGUGUCGGGUCAUAUCUCCUUAUUACCAACAGAAUCCGUAACUCUCCCCUACUACCCGUACCUCUUUUACUGAGGCUUAGCUGCGGCCGUCUGUUUAUCCGUUCUUUCGCUACCAAGCUGUAGUCUUAUAUAUCGUGUCAUCUCACGCGGAUAAUAUUCAUCUGCUGCGGCUACACUAAUAAUACUUUGGAAAUAAGAUUAACACAGAGAGGGCUUUUAUUAAUGCAUUUAUUAAUAUGAUGACUUUGUCUCUGGAUGCUGGAUAUUUAUAGAUACUGCUUCACGUGUGAAAUAGACUAAAGAUGCAAAGUGAAAACUUCCAUUGCCUACCUCAUUUCAGCGCGGUUCAUUGAUAAAACACAAUAUCAUCUGCUACGUAUUACAAAAAUUGCUCACAAAAAUAUCUAGUAAGUAGUUGUUGUUCUCAUUUCGAAUUGUCGUCGGCUAUUAAAGUGUUCGCUAGUACGAAGACUGAUCCUCGUUUAUUGAUAUAGCUCCGUAUGUAUAGUUUUGUUCGUGUCUGUACAGCUUACAGUAGCUGUUAGUGUUCGGUAACGGCGUCUGAUUGCUCCAGUUGAGUAACUUAGUAGGUGUACUGCAUUCAUUAAAGGAGGCACUUGUUAUGUACGUAUUUGUAGUCAGAACCGCACUAGCCGCGGGAAAUAGAUAGCUGCUCUCAUAAGAAUGCAUUUAAACAGUCGUUAUAUGUACUUCAGCUUGCACUAACAAGCAAAACAAAUCUGCUCGUAGUCGCCAACAUUACGUGCCACGAUUAGGUACUUGAUAUUCAGUCAUAUAAUUUAUUUUCGUAUUAAAGACAAAGGGAAAGCAUUUACAUCCAAAAAUGUACUAAGUUUUAAAUUGAUUCUAUAAAAUAUGUUACGAAAUAAAGAGCAUUAGUUUAUUAUGUACCUAUACUACCUAUCUAGUUGAGGCGCCUGUAUACCGCCGUAUAUCGAGGGAUCUGUGUCGGCGCGCUCGCGUGUCUACUUUAUAACCCAUCAUGUCACUAUUCAAAAUAGAAAGUGGUUUUAUGUAAAUUAGUAUAAUAUUUUAUUGAACGUUAUAUCGUUGUAGUCGGUUAUACAUAAGUAAUGUAUUGUAUUUGUAGAGUGAAUAUUAAACUAUUCCAAAUCA